UGUUGGUGGUCGAGUUUCCGAGGAGAAACCAGUCGAGCAAAGUCAAGCAAAUCUGUUGAAUGUUUGAAGAACAACCAGUUGAUCUUGGAAACCACCUGUAAGUGUGUGUUAGUGUAAGUCCUUCUGUGGGAGCAACCUAAUGGGGGUCUUCCCAUUCUGCAUUGGCCAAGGUUCUUCCCAUGUGAAGAAGCAACUGGUAGUGAGAAAGUGGUGAAAAUGUGGAUUCUGGUUUGGUGAAAGAGACAUAAGAUUCCUCCGGCACAGUGGGUUGUGGACGGGAUGAAGUCUGAUGGUAACAAGUGUGUGGAAGGAAUUGUGGCAAGUUGACGAUGGUGUGCCAUCCUUAGAGGAAAAGGAUACUUAGCUCCAAAAUGCUCCAGAGGCAAAUGACGGGGAACGAGUUUUCGAGUGUUUCCAAGAGCGGUAGCAAAAGUGAACAAUACGGCAGUGAGUUGAACGGGAUCCCUUUUCAACACCUGAUCCUUCUGGGCAUAGAGUUGUGAGAAAAAAAAAAGUAGAAGUUUCAUACCAGAAAGGAUAUUUCUCUAAACUGACACAUUUUCAGCGUUAAUUGAGUUUCGGUGCGCGGAGAAGACAGAUUCGGAGGCUGAAAAGGGAAAGUGUUUAUUUAUAGAACUGUGCCCCGGUGUCGGGAUGAGUUUAGCUAUAGAGGUUCAGGAAAUUUGAUUUUCGGCACGGCACUCGCUUAGUAGCGGGGGGCUUGUGGCAGAUAACGAAGGCUUCUUGAUAAGAUGAAAAAGCGUACCACACGUAGCAGUGAAUAAAUAUACUCUGAAUAUUUAAACCAAGAGUUGGAAGAAUCCUGUUUGGUAGGAAGCCAACAGAGACGCACACACACACACAUACACACAUAGAGAGUGAGGAUUGUGAAAAAGAUUGGCAAGGUUCGGGACAAAAGCGAUCCUACCUGGGACUGUCAGUGACAAAAGCAAAUAAAAAAUAAAAAAGGAGCUCAGGAAAAAGGCAAAACCAUCCAUUAGAACAGCACCACCUCUACCCAUCCAACCGACCGGAGACCGUCGCGGCGUUUUCCUGGGACGACCCUCUCCACAAGGGUUUGUACGUCCUGGUCGCAGCAUCCUUGUAACAUAUCUCGUUCCAUUUUCCUUAUUUUGCGUGACGCAGCGGUACAGCACUAAAUUGGAUCGAAAUCUCACAACAUAAAGCCAGCUGGGACACUCGCUGGUGCAUGCAAACAUCAAGAAAACGUUGAAAAGCAGCGUGGAAAGAAUAAAAACCAGAACGAAACAGAUAAUACUGAGCGAGACGGAGUGCUAGCACUGUUUGUGUGUGUGUACCCCCCACUGGGACACGACGCCCAUAUCCGACGGUUUUCCCCCACGUGUCGUGUCGUGUCGUGUCGUGUGUGCCCGUGACCGGCUAGCGAAUCCGCCGGGGCACCCCCCGUAGAGAACAUGAAACAUGGCAAAACUUCGUCAUUACAGGACCAUGACGGCGAUAUGCUUCGUCUGCAAUCUGCCCAUCAUGUCUCACCAGGUGGGACUGGUCUGGCAGGGCGGCAAUGGCUGGGACGAUCUCGUACGGGAGCAGGUCGAAGAAUCCACCGUACGACAGCGGCUCGGUGGACGAAGAGACUCGGCUGCUCAGAUCAGUGGUGCAACACCUCCUAGUACCUCACCGCCACCAGGUGGGCAACGCCGCCGUCGCAGUUCGCUCGCUCAGUUAACCGAUAUCCUGCGCGAAUGGAGCGGUGGUGGUUCGAAGCGACAGAAAGCUCCGCUAAACCGACGGGAGACCCUAGCUGACCUGGCGCGGAGUUUACCCUGGGGCAAAGCCAACACCGUAGAUAGUUAUAAUAACAACAACAACAAUAACAACUCAACUAAUACUGGUUCAGGGCAUGCAGCUACGCCACGGAAACGGCGCGAGUCCAGUGCCGAUUCGGGAGUCAAGAGCUGGAAGGACUCGCGGAAAGAUUCGUACGUUACGGACUUUCGUGAUUUUCGAGAGCGGGAGCGAGAACAAGAUCGAGAACGAGAACGAGAACGGGCAAGGGAACGUGAACGCGAAGACUUCAUCUGCAAUACGGACAACUACAGGAAUGGCUCCCGUCGCAACUCGAACGACUCCAGCCGCGAUCGGUCAUCCCGGCGAGAUUCGACCAUCGGAGGAGCGGCAACACCAUCACCACCCAAAGUUGUCAGCACCCAGCGCAAACAGCAGAACCGAAAAGAUUCCCUUACCGUCAUGGAGAUGCCCAACUUCCGCCAAGAGCAACGUCCGUCGACCAGUUCGACAGCAUCCGAUUCAGCACCUCUCUAUAUGCCCGUUGGCCAGGUGGAUUCCGCCUGCCAGUCCAUACAGCCCCCGACCAUAAUAACCAGUUCGGUAACGCCCCCGGCCACCAGCCCCACCGCGCAGAAGGGUCGUCGUGAUUCGACGACCCAGUGCGGGACGAAAAUGUCCCGCCGCGAUUCCCGUGUAAGUCCCGAACGGCGGCUUAAGCUGCAAAGACAAGCCACUGCCUACGACGAGAGCUGUUUGCCACCGGGUGGAUGGAGCCGACGAGGCUCGCAGCCGGCGCUCAGUCCGGACGGGGAUGGGCCCGAGCGACAAGCCAGACGGGACAGCCUCAGUCCGGACAGUGCAUCCAGAGGCCGCCGUGAUUCCCGAUCACAUCUCUCGCCGGAUCGAAGCCACGAACGGGAGGGCAGCCCUCGCCGAGGGCGCCGCUUGCGAAGACAAUCAUCAUCCGCUGCUCGGCAGCCUCGUUCGCCGGAUUCGAGCAGCUGUUGCUCAUCGAGGGAUGCGAGCCCGUGCGCACGCCCACCACCACUGCCGACUGAAAAUGUGGUACGGCCGUCGAUCCGACGCCAAUCGACGACGGAGGAAAUUCUGAUAGCACGGGGCUUUCGCCGCCAAAGCACCACCGAGGAGAUGAUUCGCUGUCGGAACUUUCGCCGACAAAGCUCGCAGAGUGAUGACACCAGCCGCUACCGCGGUCGGCGGGACUCGUGCGCUCAGAUCAUCGACGGCACCGUCAGUACCAUGACAGUGGAAACCACUAAACCAUCUCCGUUGUAUGAAAACAACCACUACCACGAGGAAUGUUUGAGGUGCAACUCAUGUGGUCUCAACUUAACCGGUCCCAAUCAGAAGAGAGCCAGACGUUUCAAGAAUCAAAUCCUCUGCGAUCUACACUUCGCAGACGUCGCCCUGAUGGAGUGCUCGGACUUUAUGCAACAGCUGCGCAGCUUUAAGCCACAAUCGUUGGGAUGUGCCGUGGCCCGGCGGAAAAGUUCCACCACGCUCAUCUUCCCACUGCCACCGCAGGCCUGUUCAGACGAAUUCUGCGAAGACUACCCACACAAUCUGAUUCCCACGCCGGGCUAUUGGAUCGAAUGUUCCCGCCAGAAGAUAUCCUUCCCCAAUCAGCACACGAUAUGGGACGACAGCGAAUCGGAUCACGAGGACGCCGCUCGGGGUGGCAUCGAACCGCAGAUGGAGCGCAACUGCAGCGACCUCUACGAAGACGACGAAGACUCGGACAACGUGCCAAGUCAGCAUUUCCGCAGAAAAAAGACAGCGAUCGAGGAGCAGUGGGAGCAGCAGCAAGGUUUCGAACUUACCUCCGUCGAGCAGGAAACGUACGAGAAGUACUUCUACGGGACCGAGCACUGGAACUACUUCACCAACGACGAGGACCUCGGCCCGGUCAUCCUCUCGAUCAAGCAGGAAACGAUCAACGGACGCGAUCAAUUUAGGAUACUAGUUAGAGCUAUAUCGUACACCGUACAUGGACUGAUACCAGCCUCUUGUGUUUUUGCUGAUAGGUAUAAUAGGGAAGAAGUAGUUAGAUCGUUAGGUAAAGAAGUAAACUUAAAUCCACCUCUAACGUUAGGACAAUUGCCAGACACACCGGAAGAGCUUUUGAAACUGGAUCAGGUUUUCAUAAAAUCUGAACUGAAGGUGGGCGUGAUCUACGUGAAGGAGGGUCAAUAUACCGAAGAACAAAUUUUAGACAAUAAUGAAAAUUCACCGUUAUUUGAGGAAUUUUUACAGCUACUAGGUGAUAAAGUUAGAUUACGUGGUUUUGAUAAAUACAAAGGCGGCCUUGACACUGUUCACGAUUUAACAGGACUUUACUCCGUUUAUACAAACUGGCGUUCGAUAGAGAUUAUGUUUCACGUUUCCACGCAACUGCCGUACGAGCGGCACGAUCCCCAGAAGCUGCAGCGGAAGCGCCACAUCGGUAACGACAUCGUGUGCGUGGUGUUCCUCGAAGCGGACAACACCGCCUUCAGUCCGGCGUGCAUCAAAAGCCAUUUUUUACACACCUUCAUCCUGGUUCGAGUAUCGGCCCGAAUCAAGCGGAAACCGACGCGCUACGAGGUUUCGGUCGUCACGAGGGAUGAAGUUGGUGCCUACAAACCGUACCUCUGGGAACAGUCGGUGUUCGAAAAGGGUCCGAUGUUUCGGGAAUGGCUGCUGACAAAGGUCGUCAACGGCGAGCGGGCCUCCUACUCGGCACCGAAGUUUGCCCGGAUGCAGGAACGAACCCGCUCGCAGAUGCUCGAGGACAUUGUGGCCAACCUGGCGAACCAUGCCGAAACCGGACAGAUCCCCAAACCAUACCGAAGGGGUUCGUGGAGACCCAUCGGACACAUGAGGCCUUCUUCACCGUUGCUAGAUUCGGUUAGAGAUCAGUUCGAGGACUACGAUCAAUUAGCGAAAGAUUUUACACGCGUAUUUUUAAACUUGGAACCGUCGUGUCUUCAGAACGCACAACUCUUCGACGUAGUGUUCCUAGUAGGACAGCAGUCCAAGCAGCGGGCCCGUUUCAUCGGCGUCCGCGCCAUACUCGGCGUCAGAAGUCGUGUCUUUCAGGAAAUGCUGUACGGCAUCCAAACCGGUUUCGGAUCACCUCAGGUGCCGGUUGCGGAGCUACUGGCCCGGCCAGCUCCGACACUUCUUUCCCCGCAAAACCCACGGCCCAAGAGUAGCAACUUCCUCCAAGUGCCGGACAUAGAGUCGCCUCGACCGAAAAGUGUUCCCUCAUCGCCGAUGGUCAAGCGAGCCUUCUCCCGGCUCGGAACGAUCACCGCCGGCUGGGGUCGUUCAAUACGGAAGCAGCAAUCGCACCUCAACGUCGACGAUAAGAAAAAGUGGGCUUCCUCGCAAGACUGUUCCGAUAAAGAUGGCAAAGAGAGCAGCUCCAAGAACAAAGCCAAUGCAGGCCAACUGGCCGUCCCUCGACUGUCCGUCUGUGCCGAUGCGCAAAAAGUCGAUCGUGCGAAGCUAGCACAGACUGAGUUUACGAUCAUCGAGUUCGAUCCGGAAACCUUCCGAGUGCUGUUGGACUACCUUCAUACCGGAAGUUGCCCGUUGACCUGCAUAUCGAUCCCUGGGCUGAUCUGCGCAGCGGAGCAUUACGAUCUGCCUGAGUUGUUACAAGCCUGUUUCCACCACGCAAAACAGUUCCUAAGGAUAGACGCAGUCUGUCCGAUGUUGACGGCGCUGGAGAACUACUACUGGCGGUACACGUCCGCUUCGGAGCUGGUUAACAUGAUCCUGGCGUUCGUCGAGACUCGAGCGUAUGCCCUAUUUCAGACGACGGAGUUUCUCACCCUAAGCGAAAGCAUGGUCCAGAUGAUCAUGUGUCGCAACCUGGAAAUACCCGAAGUUCGCAAGUUUGAAGCAAUGCUGGCCUGGGCCAAACAUAAGGUGAAAUCCAAAGCAUCCGCCAAAAUAGACGCCAAGGUCGAGUUCCGUUGCAUCAUGGAACGGCUAGCGCGGGACCUGAAACUGCACCGAAUCUCACCGCAGGAGUUGAUCAAAAUCGUGCUUCCCUCGAAGGCCAUCAAAAACGAACGCAUCCUGGAGACGUUGAUGUACCAGGCAAACAGUGGAAUGUACCGGAUACAGGACAGCUAUCUGGAGGCCUGUCAACAGCGGCUGCAGAAGCAGGACUCCCGCUACAGCGAGUGGGGAGAAAGCUUCGACUGUGGCUUAUAGGACGAGGAUCAGCUGUAGUGAAGCAGCUGAUCCUCGUCGUUCCAUCCCGUCACCGCCCUUCUUGGCUUUGCCCGGGCUUCGGUGCUGCCGUAUUCUUCACUCCCCACCACUCAGCCGUUGUUGGGCGCAACACCACCAUCAUGCGCCCAUGAACCCGCUGUCGUCGAUCGGGUCGGCACAUUGUUGUUAUGUGUUACCGAAUGUAUUUUAGAGAUUCUGUAUAGAGAAUUGUUGUUCCUUUCUGUUAGAUGUGUAAUCCCUUUUCGGGGGGGCAGCAAUCGGUUGAAUCUACACACCACCACGAUCACCACCACUACCACACGUAAACGCUGUUAGCUGUUAGUAUGUGGCAAAUUUUAUCGACGUGUUCAAAUUUAUGCGCUCCAGCCGCGGCUUGUUUUCUGUGUUUCGGCUAAUGGCAGCUUGAGUUUUAAGUUUUUUGACAAAUAGAUACACGUUGAACAAUUAUUAUGCGUUAUGCGGAGGAGUUAAUAAGAAAACAAACUUUCUAAAUGGCUGUUGACUAUAUUGUAGAGUACGAUAUAACUAGAAAUUAUACAUAUGAAGAUGAACAGUUCCGUUUAGCGCAGUUCGUGCAAUAUCUGCAAGUCAACGAACAAAAACAGAAACAUUCCAUUGAAUGCUGCGUCUAUCCGCUUUGAUUGAAAGUCCGUUGCUAUUGCCUUUGCAUAUUGAUUACAACCCUGGACAGUGCUGAUAAAAAUCAUUUCUUCUACACUCAAGUUAGCUGAAAAUGAAAACCCAACUAUCUGCAUGAAUUGGAAUUUUGGCAUAACAACAAAUGUUCUCGAUCAAGGCAACCUGUGAGUAUUGAAAUCAACAUAUGUUUUCCUUCAUUCGUGGCUAGAUGUUCAUUAUUGCUUGUGUUGUUAUCAAUAUUAAUAUUCGUCUUCAUCUUGGUGGGGAUGAUUUUAUGGAUCAAAUGCAAAAUAAUUGUUUUCAUCUUACACAAAUAUAGUGCGUUGGUUUUUACAGAUGCAGAUCGUUGAAUAAUUAUUGUCUCUUGCUGAAUUGAUGAUAAUAUCGAGGUUUUAGGCUCUGGGGUUGACUAUAUUCAAAAUAAGCAAUGAAUUUGAUGAUUUUGCUUUUGAGGAUCGCCUGAUUUUGACAAUUUUAGGUUGGAUAAUCAAGAAACGCGUAUUCUUUGACGUGUAAUGAACUCAUUUGUUCAUUUCGCUUGUACGUGCCAGCAAAGAUUUUCAAAACAAACGGAAUUCAUCUGCCCUGGGUUGAAGCGCUACUCCUUGCGUGGGAUGGUAAAUGAUAAAAACAGUCACUGACCCUAGAAAUAAUCUGCUGAAUGCUUCAUAAGUUUUCGUCAGGAUCAACCAGAAUACUACCACCGAUACCCUGUAGCAGUCAGCAUCUUCCGAUAACA